UUCAUUUGCCCUGCACGCAAAUCGCGUAUUGUCAUUUGUAAUUGGGUGAACCAUAUAGCAAUCGUAUCGUCGCAAAGAGAAGCCAACAAGCUUAGCGCGUUUGCAAAAACUCAUCGCUAGAGAGGCUUCUACUUCCAGACUUCGCGAUGGAUCCCCCGCCUCCGCCAGAUGCGGACUUUAUGGAUGAAGAUAUGGAACUACAGCUAGCUCUGGCGCUGUCACUUCAGGAGACGACGGCAGCGGACAUAACACCUCAGGCAGCCGCUGCACCCGCGCCGGCUGCGGCACCAGCUGCAGCAGGACCGGCAACCGCUGCACCAGCGGCUGCACCCGCGCUCGCACCCACGGCUGCACCCGCGCCUGCACCCGCACCAGCCGCCGCGCUGGCCCCGCCCGGCGGCCUCGCGGACCUGGCCGCACUUCUAUCGCAGGGGUUGCAAGCUGCUGCACAAGCCCCGCCCGCGCCUGCGCCCGUCGCGCCGCCGCCACCGGCGGCAUGGCCACCGGUGGCACCAGUGGCUAUGCCGCCGGCGCCCGCACAGGCAGCGGGCGCUGGCGGUGGUGGUGACGUGCUGGCGUCCCUAUUACAGCAGUUCUUCUCUGGACAGGCCGGACCACCGGCGCCGGCGCAGCAGCCGCAUCACCAGCAACAGCAGCAACAGCAAGCACCGCCGGGAGGAGACCUGUUCUCAGCACUGGCUGCUGCGCUGGGCGGGGCCGGCAUGAUGCCGCCCGGCGGCAUGGCGCCGCCCGCUGCCGCGCCAGCGGCGGCCCCCCGCACCGGGGGCAGCCGCGCGGCGACGGCGCGGGCACAGGCGGCAACGGCGCCCACCGCUGCGCCGCUGCCCGGCUGGGCGGCCCGGCUCAAGGCCUGGAGCAGCGCUGCCCCGGGCACGCCGGGCGCGGCCGCCACCAGUGUGACUCUGGCGGGUGCGGAGCAACUGGCGGCUGUGUGCAAGCACGUGGGGGAGGCGCUGCAGGUCAAGGUGGUCACGGACAGCGCCGCAAUCGGCACCGGCACCCUGUUCCUGCGCACCGGCAGCGGCGGCCGGGAGCUGACCGCGGACUCGCUGAAGGGGCUGGUCAACAGCGCGCUGUCGCAGCGGAGGGUGCCGCCCAGGGACCGACUGCAGGCGCUGCACCGCGCGCACGACGCGCUGCCCUCCGCCUCUGGUCUGCCGGGUGGCGGCGAGGGCGGGCUGGGCGCGGCCCUGGACAUGUUUGUGGGCGUGUUGGCGCGGGAGGCGCUGGGGCUGCUGCGGGAGGACGGCGCUGACCUGUACUUUGACACGGGGGCGCACACCUCCGCCUUCGUGGACGCGUUGGCCGGCGGCCCCGCCACCAUGUGUGAGCCGUUCUUGGACUCGCUGAUGGACAGCAGCAGCGGCGCCGCCGCCGCCGCCGCCGCAGGCGGCAGUGCGGGCAGCGGCGCAGGCGGCGGCGAGGUGUGGCGGCGGCUGAUGCGCGAUGCGCUGCGCUCCGCCUUCGCGGGUCCGGGCAAGGCGCUGGGUGACGCCACAGGGCUGGAGCGGCCGCUGGUGGUGCUGGACCGCGUCACAUGCACGCCGCGGCUGCAGCAGUGCUUGGCGUCGCUGCUGCUUGCUGACGUGGAGCUGGUGGCUCGCAGCAGGCCCGCCACCGCGGCCCGGGAGCUGGAGAAGAGCAGUGUGCUAGGGCCGCUGUUCGGCAUCAGCUCAUUCCCAGUGGGCCAGGAUGCACUGUACCACUGGAAGGUGACCAGCGCCGCGCGGCAGGCCUUCCUGGAGACGCGCGGCUACCCCAAGAACCACGGCGCCGGCCAGACCUGCCGCACCGUCAUCCAGGCGCUCAUGGCGCGGGUGCAGGACGGAGCGGGCAACAUCAUGCUCCGCCUCAGCCGCGUCAAGGACGGCGGGCUGUGUCGCGAGGCGAUGCUGAGCUGGGUGUCGGCUGUGGCCCGCGCCAACCUGGGCCGCCUGGCGUUCGGCGAGAGCACCGACAUGCGCAACCAGCAGGACCUGGCAGACUUCCUGGCGGGCGGCAGCGACGGCUUCCUGCUCAACGUGACUGGCGGCUGCCUGCGCCUGGCGCAGCCCUUCGUGUCCGGCUGGCUGGACCUGUACCGCGAGGGACACGACCCCGUGGCGGCCUGUCUGGCGGCCGCCGCCGCAGGCGCCCCCGCGCCCGCUGCCCCCCGCUGGACGGACCUGCUGGACAAGCACCUGCGGCCCGAGUACUACGUGACGCAGAAGCACCGGCUGGGCGACCUGAGCGGCGUGUUCAACGCCACGGGCUCGCGCGGCGCGGGCGGCUACACGGCGGACGACGACCCGCCCACCGCCGCGCCGCCGCUGCUGCUGGCGGGCGACUCCCCUGACAGCGGCCCCAGCUUCAUCGCUGACGUGUUCUUCCUGACGCAGCUGAUGCUGCACGUCGGGCCCAUGCCCACAGUGUACCGCAAGCGCGCGCUGAUGCACCGCUUCCGCGAGCGCUACCAGCGCGAGAUGACGGGCGGCGCCGCCGCCGCCAACGGCGAGGACGGCGGCGAGGGCACCAGCCCCGAGGAGCUGGCGGCGCGCGGCGGCGCGGGCGGCCGCGACCCCUGGUCCAACCCGCUGGCCACCGAGCUGCAGCUGCUGGAGGACUGCGGCGAGGGGCACCUGGGCGAGCCGCUGUUCGCGGACAACCUCACCGCCUUCGCAGUGCUGGAGCUGGACUGGAUGGCCUGGCUGGCGCGCGGCGGCGCCGGCCCCGCCGCCGCCGCCCUGGCGCUGGUGCCCGAGUACGCGCUGGGCGACGCGCUGGACUGGCUGACUGCGGUGCUGUACGCGGGGCGGGCGGACCUGGUGGCCAGCAAGCCCAUCGCCGUCAUCAUGCGCGCAGUGGUGAGCCUGCUCAACGCCAACGACGCGGUGCGCAGCGCCAUGCUGCAGAACAAGAUCGUCAACCUGCUGCUCGCCAUGCUGGCAAGCCAGAUCCAGAACGUGCAGGCUCGUGAGGCGCGCGGCCUGGCCCUGGCCCCGGACCGCAUGUCCACCGGCGAGAGGGCGCUGGUGGGCGCGGUGCUGGGCGCGCCCGUCACACAGCGCGACCUGGUUCCGGCGCUGCUGCGCGCGCACGUGAACGCGGAACUGGUGGUGGGUCUGGACGUGGACAAGGACUCGUACGACAAGUACGGCAUGAGGAACAACAUCGACAAGAUCCUGGAGGAGUUGAUCAAGGACGCCGCCCUCAAGCGCUGCCUCACAGACCUGGCGGCGGCGGGGCCGGCAGCAGCCGACGGCGCCGGCCCCAGCACCAGCAGCGCCGCCGCCCCGCCUGCCGCCGCCGCCGCGCCGGGCGUGGAGCCGGGUCUGUUCGCGGACUACGCCUCCGGAAUAGUCAACACCGUGAUGCACUACUUCAAGGACGGCCUGGACCGACUGGCGGACAUCUACGCCAUCGAGCGCUCCAAGGCCAAUGCGGCGGCCUGGGCGGCGCUGCCGGCGCAGGAGCGCCAGCGCAAGGAGGACUUCUACCGCGGGCAGCAGCGGGCGGCGCGCGGCUUCCUGCACAUGGGCGUGGUCAACCUCAAAUGGCUCAACACGCUCACGGCCGACCCGGCCAUCGCCAGCGCCUUCCUGGUGGAGCCCCUGCGCGGCAAGGCGGCGUUCUUGGUGGUGUCCAGUCUGGAGCUGCUGCUGGGGGACGCGUGCAAGAAGCUGCAGGUGGCCAAGCCCGAGCAGUACGGCUUCGACCUGGACGUGCUGGUGGGCAGCGUGCUGAGCCUGGGGCUGCAGCUGGGCGCACACGACCGCUUCGUGGCGGCCGUGUCGGCGGAGCCCGACUACAGCGAGGAGAUCAUGAACCGCGCCCUGCAGUUCACCAUCACCAAACACCAGGCGCUCAACGAGACCCGCCUCAACGCCUUCCUGGCCCGGGCGGCGGAGAUCAAGGCCGCACGCGCGGCGCGUCGUCCCGGCGCCCUGGCACUGGCGGCUGCGGCGGCUGGCGACGGCUCUCCCGCGCCCGACACGCCGUCUGCGUUGGCGUCGCAGCCGCCCCUCAAACGGCGAAAGAGCAUGGAGGAGGGCAGUGAAGGCGACGCCAUGGAUGUGGACGGCGCCGCUGCCGGCCCCGGACCCAGUUCCGCUGCUGCCGCCGGCUCCGGCCCGGCGCUGCAGUGCGAAGGCGUGGUGCUGCCGGGCGCCCCGGGCCUGUCGGGUAAGGCCCUGGAGGAGGCCUACGCGGCGGAGCUGGGGCCGCUGAGUGUGGCCGAGUACGACAGCACCGUGCCGGGAGGGUACUUCAAGGACAUGGCCCGGCUGGCGGACCAGGACAGCGGCGCCAGUCGCAAGAAGAUGCGGCAGCUGGCCAAGGAGCUGAACGACAUGCAGCCCGGCGGCAAGCUGGCGCUGCCCUGCCUGGCGGACGCCGCCAUCUUCCUGCGCCAGGACGAGGCGCGCACAGACAAGAUGCGCGCAGUCAUCACCGGGCCGCAGGGCACGCCGUACGAGGGCGGGCUGUUUGUGUUUGACAUCUUCUGCCCCGCCGGCUACCCCUCCGACCCGCCGGUCAUGAUGGUGUACAAUACGGGCGGCGGCAAGGCGCGCUACAACCCCAACCUGUACGCCGACGGCAAGGUGUGCCUGUCACUGCUGGGCACCUACAACUCGGGCCACACCAGCGAGAAGUGGAACCCCGAGCUCAGCAGCAUCUACCAGGUGCUGGUGUCCAUUCAGAGCCAGAUCCUGGUGGAUGACCCCAUGACCAACGAACCGCUCAGCGAGACCAUGGCAGGCACCUCCGAGGGCGCCGCCAAGACGGCCGAGUACAACGCCCGGCUGCAGCUGAUGGUGAUGCGGCACGCCAUGGUGGACUGCCUGCGCCACCCGCCGCCCGGCACCGCCGACCUGGUGCGGCGGCACUUCGGGCUGCUGCGCCACCGCCUGGCGGACACGGUGCGGCGCUGGGUGCGCGCGGCGCCCACCGAGGACCUGCGGACAAAGCUGGAUGAGCAGGCGACUGUCCUGCUGCGAAUUCUGGCGGAGUUGUGAGAUGCAGCUACUACCCACAUGGACACGCGCACAGGCCAGCAGCAAUGAGCAGGUAGCACACGGCGAGCUAGCCCUGUAUUUUGAUAAAAAGCGGCGUGUUGAAAUGAUGCGGGUGGGCCAGCAGUAGGAGUUGAAGGUAUGGCAGUUCGCAGAUUGCAUUGGUUACAAGAGGGACUUGCUGACGCGAGUCACGAGCGACAUCUGCUCUGGACCUCAGGGACGUGCCACCUGCAUCGCCGACGACCUACUCUAGUAGUAGGCUUGCUCUCGUAAGAGCUCCAUUUACCUCCGGUUCUGCUCCUAACAUCGAGUGCUAGGACCCUGCUCAAGCAGCUGUUCGCAGCUGGGGGCAUUGGCGUGUGGGCACGCGGGGGGAGCUUACCUACGACGAAGGGUCAGCGACAUCUGGCAACAUCUAUCCCAUCGGCAAUCGGGAAGCGUCAGGUCCACUUUCCAUGCAGUGAUGCAGGCUAUUGGUUGCAGCCAGGAGAGCGGAGCACGCAGCUGGCGUUGCUGCAUGAGCCAGAAACUCCGGUCUAAGUCUGUAAUGUAGGUUUGCCGGUCCUUGCCGCAAGCGGCCGCCUAUGAAUUCAUAGCUAUUGCAGGGGGGGGGGGGUAGGAAACAAAAUGCCAGACCCCAUGCCCCGAAAUCCCCCGGGACCCCCCUUGAGGGGACGACCGACCCCCACACGGACAAAACCGUGUUGUUUAGGGGUUAAAACCCUACCAUUUUA